UUUUUUUUUUUUUCUCUCUCCCAGAGUCCCCUUUGCACGCUCUAUGUGGCCCUGUAAACACCCGCGCUGGCGUCGAGGGGGAGCACACCUCGUGUUACCCUGCACACCUAGCACUGACACCAUCAGCGUCUGGAUUGAGCUAGAUUCCUGUCUCUAUACUGCAGCCAGACUUUUGCAGGACAAAACAGCCUUUCACCUAGCGAACAUUCUCCCUAACCUCCCCCUCUCCAACCCCAGCCUUUCGCGGGAGGAGAGUUGGGGCGGGGGAAGAACUAAAAUAGUCCUCAGAUUACAGCCUCACCUGCUACAAGAAGGGGCCUAGAUUUGGGGUACCAGGAAAAGUUAAAGAUUCCUCCAACCGGCUUUAGGACCCAGAGACGCUGGAAAAAACAUUUUCAUUUUGGAAGUCCACUCCAACUUCUCAUCUUUCCCGAAUCUCCCCCUGGGCCAGGCCCCGGGUCUCAGCCUCGGAUGGAGUUUUUGGGGGAGGGAGACUCAGAGAUCUUUAUGGCAAGUUCCUGGGACUCCAGAGACUCUCAAUCUGGCCCCCUCCUCCAAGUCCACCUCAAAACAUCACCCCGCCCGGCCAGUUAAGUCUCCCCAGCCCCCAUUCCACGUGGACCCGCCAGGGCGGGGUGGGGAGAGAGGACAGGAAGGGGGGGAGUCAGCUCUGAGAGGAGGGGGAAGGAGGUUGGUGACUGACGUCCGCUCUCACUGCGGGCGUCCCUGAUCUGGACACCAUGUUCCUUGUGGGGGCUCCCAGCCACACGCUCCCUCGACUCCACAUACUACCGUUGCUGCUGCUUCUACAGACCUUGGAGAGGGGUUUGGGCCGUGCCAGCCCGUCCGGAGCCCCCUUGGAAGAUGUGGUCAUCGAGAGAUACCACAUCCCCAGGGCCUGCCCCCGAGAAGUGCAGAUGGGGGAUUUUGUUCGUUACCACUACAAUGGCACUUUUGAAGACGGGAAAAAGUUUGACUCCAGCUAUGACCGUAGCACCCUGGUGGCCAUCAUUGUGGGUGUAGGCCGCCUCAUCACUGGCAUGGACCGAGGUCUCAUGGGCAUGUGUGUUAAUGAACGCCGCCGUCUCAUUAUCCCUCCCCACCUGGGCUACGGCAGCAUCGGUCUGGCGGGCCUCAUCCCACCCGAUGCCACCCUCUAUUUUGACGUGGUCCUGCUGGAUGUGUGGAACAAGGAAGACACCGUGCAGUCGACCAUCCUCCUACGCCCUCCCUACUGCCCCCGAAUGGUGCGGAACAGUGACUUUGUACGCUAUCACUACAACGGUACUCUGCUGGAUGGCACUGCCUUUGACAGCAGCUACAGUAGGGGAGGCACUUAUGACACCUACAUCGGCUCUGGUUGGCUGAUCAAAGGCAUGGACCAGGGGCUGCUGGGCAUGUGUCCUGGAGAGAAAAGGAAGAUCAUUAUCCCUCCCUUCCUGGCUUACGGGGAGAAAGGCUACGGCUCAGUAUGGGGACAACCAAAGGUAGGAGACAGAGGAGGUCUUUUUGGCAUGAGGCCCCUUGCUGUGCCUGGGCUUGGUCCCCAAAUGUAUGGUUCAAGCCCUGUGCCCUCCCCAGGGACUGUGAUACCCCCGCAGGCCUCCCUGGUCUUCUAUGUCCUGCUGAUAGAUGUCCACAACCCGAAGGACACGGUCCAGCUGGAGACGCUGGAGCUGCCCCAGGACUGUGUCCGGCGAGCUGUGGCAGGGGACUUCAUGCGUUACCACUACAAUGGCUCUUUGAUGGAUGGUACCCUCUUUGAUUCCAGCUACUCCCGCAACCACACCUACAAUACCUAUGUCGGGCAGGGUUACAUCAUCCCUGGGAUGGACCAGGGGCUGCAAGGCGCAUGCAUAGGGGAGCGAAGGAGGAUUACUGUGCCCCCUCACCUUGCCUACGGGGAGAAUGGGACAGGAGACAAGAUCCCUGGCUCAGCUGUGCUCAUCUUUGAUGUACACGUCAUCGACUUCCACAACCCUGCGGACCCUGUGGAAAUCAAGACGCUGUUCCGGCCUCCUGAGAGCUGCAACGAGACAGCCAAGAUCGGGGACUUUAUUCGCUACCACUACAACUGUUCUCUGCUGGACGGCACUAGGCUCUUCUCUUCCCACGACUAUGAGGCCCCUCAAGAGAUCACCCUCGGAGCCAACAAAGUGAUCGAAGGUCUGGACAGGGGCCUGCAGGGCAUGUGUGUAGGAGAGAGGAGGCAGCUCAUUGUACCCCCACACCUGGCCCACGGGGAGAAUGGAGCCCGUGGUGUCCCAGGCAGUGCUGUGCUGUUAUUUGAGGUGGAGCUGAUAUCCCGAGAGGAUGGUCUACCCGCAGGCUACCUGUUUGUGUGGUACCAGGAUCCUCCUGCUAGCCUUUUUGAAGACAUGGAUCUCAAUAAAGAUGGAGAGGUGCCCCCAGAAGAGUUCUCCUCCUUCAUCAAGGCUCAAGUGAAUGAAGGCAAAGGACGCCUGAUGCCUGGGCAAGACCCAGACAAAACCAUAAGUGACAUGUUUCAGAACCAAGAUCGAAACCAGGAUGGCAAGAUCACAGCUGAAGAACUCAAGCUGAAGUCAGAUGAGGACCAGGAGCGCAUCCAUGAGGAGCUCUGAGGGCCAUAGUGUCAGGUCUAACCUCAGACACAAAGGCCCUCGGCUGGUGGGGGUAGGGGACAGUGGCUGUGUAACUGGCCUGUCGACAGCCCCCCUCCCUCAGGGGGAAUAACUCUGGGAGUCAUUAUAUGUCAGUGCAGACUGCUGUGACCUUUCCACGGGCCAUGGCUUCCAGUCCUCAGCACAGACAUUCUGCAGUUUUCUCUUCCAACCUUAAGCCUCUGCCUUAAGGUUCUUGUGAUAGAUCCAAUUCAGGGAGGGGGUGCUGGGUUUUGGUUAGGGCCAUUGCUGACCCCACACACCCAUCCUCCCACCCACAUCACUAGGUUCAGCAAGGGCAAGCUCCUUAGUCCUUCACUUUCCCAAGUGUGCCCUUUCUUUGUAAUGUCCUGUCUCAUCUCCCUAUCCCUGUACAUCCCCAUUCUCUCUGUCAUGGCAGCUCUGCAGGGGCAUGAACCUGGGUGAGAGCCUGCAUUCUCCUGCCUCAGCUCUGCCUGCUCCUCAGGAAGGGGUGGCUCCAGGAACAUAAUCCUGACAGCCACCCUUCUCUCCUCCCAAGCCACCAGGGUCAGGUCUUUCAUCUUAAAAAAUUUUCUCUAAAAUGAAAGGUUGCAUAAGAGGAAAGCCUGCUAGGGUUGAAGGCUUCGAAAACCUGCACUUGGUGCUAACCUGAUGGGAGAAAGAUGGGCAGAGUCUUGGACUCAAAGGCUAAACCGAUCCAGUCCUUUCUCCUUUGUGUCAAUAAAAGGUUAAACCAAAGGCCUCAAGAAA